AUAUGUAAAUUUAAAAGGUAUUAAAGUCAUAAUGGUCACUGGUGAUCAUCCAAUUACAGCAAAAGCAAUCGCAAAAGGUGUUGGAAUCAUUUCAGAAGGUACUGAAUGUGUAGAAGACAUAGCGCAGCGAUUAAAUAUAAAUGUAGAAGACGUAAAAACGGGGAAUGCUAAAGCUUGUGUUAUUCAUGGAUCGAAACUUAAAGAUAUAUCACAAAAUGACUUAGAUGAAAUUUUAAGAACUCAUACUGAAAUAGUAUUUGCACGAACAUCACCACAGCAAAAAUUAAUUAUUGUUGAAGGAUGUCAGAGAGUAGGUUCCAUUGUUGCAGUAACUGGUGAUGGUGUUAAUGAUUCACCUGCUUUAAAAAAAGCUGACAUAGGCAUCGCUAUGGGAAUUGCUGGAUCAGAUGUUUCUAAACAAGCUGCUGAUAUGAUCUUGUUAGAUGAUAAUUUUGCUUCUAUUGUUACUGGUGUUGAAGAAGGUCGCCUUAUUUUUGACAACCUAAAAAAAUCUAUUGUCUAUACUCUAACAAGUAAUAUUCCUGAAAUUACACCUUUCCUGAUGUACAUUUUGUUUGGUAUUCCCUUACCAUUAGGAACAGUCACUAUACUUUGCAUUGACCUUGGAACUGAUUUAAUUCCAGCUAUUUCAUUGGCUUAUGAAAAAGCUGAAAGUGAUAUUAUGAAGCGCAAACCAAGGGAUCCUACACAUGAUAAGCUUGUUAAUGAGCGGCUUAUCAGCGUUGCUUAUGGUAUGAUUGGUAUGGCUCAAGCUUGCGGUGGUUUUUUUACAUAUUUUGUAAUCAUGGCUGAAAAUGGUUUUAUGCCAUCAGACUUGUUUGGAAUAAGAGCUAGAUGGGAAGAUAUGAAUGUUAAUACCUUACCAGAUUCUUAUGGAAAUGAAUGGACCUACCAUCAACGUAAGGAAUUGGAGCUAACAUGUCAAACAGCUUUCUUUACUACCAUUGUUGUUGUGCAAUGGGGAACACUUAUUGCCAGUAAAACUAGAAAACUUUCACUUUUUAAUCAAGGAAUGGGAAAUUGGUUUUUAAAUUUUGGUUUAUUUUUUGAAACUGCUCUUGCAAUUUUUCUUCAAUAUACUCCUGGUAUAAAUAUGGGACUACGUUUACGUCCCAUGAAUUUCUCUUGGUGGUUAACUGGGCUUCCUUAUACAUUUUUAAUCAUUAUUAGUGACGAAAUUAGAAGAUAUAUUUUAAGAAGAUAUCCUAAAGGUUGGGUGGAGCAAGAAACCUACUACUAAUCGACUACUACCACAUGACCACAGCAAUCUUGUUAAGUAAAAUCUAAUUGCAAAGUAUUGAUUAUUAGGACGAUUUUUUGCACGUGCAGAAUUUAAUUUGUAAAAGAAGUUUUUUCGUUACAUUUAUUUUGUUAUUCAAACUAUUUAUGUAAUAUUUGCACGACUAUGCGACAGCUUUUCAAGUUAUCUACCUUUUGUACUCUUUUUUACGCUUUUGUUUUAUUUUUGUACUUUUUAUUUUUUUAUAAAUAGUGAAUUUUAU